UGUCAUGUUUACAUGUGUGAGGUUAGCGACGUACUGAUAAAUAGAAAUAAAUUUAAGUAGAAAGGGUAUCGUGUGCAGUUUAGUGUAUAUAAUAUUUAUCUCGAAAGCGGAAGCAAUAAACUAAAAUUGGCGGAAACUAAAACUUUUUUCGAGCAAACGGCACAAAAAAAUGCUAGCUUUUAGCUAAGACGUCGAAGAUGCUUAGAUUUUAUUUUUUUAACAAUCGCCUCAUGAUGGCUUCACAAGCGCAGCUGAAGGCUUUUUAAGUUAAAAAAUGCCUCAUUGUAAACAAAUGGGCUUAAAGUAUUACAACAGGGGUCUCUUUUAAAUUGUCAUGGAAAAUUCAUGGAACAGACAUGAACUGAAUUCUCAGCCCCGCCCACAAACCCAAACAUCUUCAUGCAGUCAAGGUAAGCUGGACAUGUAUAAAUGUUCCCAGUGCAAUCAAGUGUUUGGGAAGCCCGCUGCUUUGAAACGCCACUUCAAAGUCAAUCACAGGGAGCCUCACAUCAAGGACAGCUUCACCUGUUUUGAGCAAGGAUGUCAGUUCAGCAGCAGCAGCGCCAACCGUCAGGAGUACCAAUCCCACCUGACAUCCAAGCAUGGUCUGGACCUCAUUCCCUGCACUUCUCCAUCCUGUACGUGGGCAUUUCCUACACGUGAAGAGAUGGAAGGCCAUCGGGAGAGCCAUUUGCCAUUUGGGUGUUUUUGCUGCCCAUUUGUUGCAAAAUCUGCAAAAGCUUUGAGGGAUCACCUGGUGGAUUGUAACCGUUUGUACAAUAACCCUGAAGGUAGCCAAACUAAAUCCACCCCGACACCCAAAGGUCCAAAAAGAUCUAAAAGAAAACUUGAGUCUCCUUCUGUCUCAUCCUCAUUACAUGAUGGGCACGUGCUCGAAAGGAAAAAAAGUAACAACAAAAGACUGAGGAUUACAGUGGAAAAAGACAAAUCUUCAGCACCAGAUGCGGCACCUCUGCCAUCCAAAGAGUACCUUGCAGAGGGAGCAGAAAGCGUCUAUCGGACCCACACCUGCCCCAAGUGUCGUCGCUGCUUUAAGAUGCGCUCUCACCUGCAGGAGCACCUGCGUUUGCAUUUCCCUGACCCCAGUCUCCAGUGUCCAACCUGCCAGCGUUUCUUCACCAGCAGGACCAAGCUGCGAGUACACAGACUCCGGGAGGCUGGGGAAAAGACCCAGUGUUGCAGCAUGUGUGAAUACACUGCCGUGGAGAGGAACGCAAUACGUCGCCAUCUUGCCAGUGUGCACACCGAUGAGGCAGAAUGUGUUGCAAAAAAUCCCAGUUUUGUCUGUCCAAGCUGUGGCAAAAACUUUACCCAGGCUCGUGCUCUGAAGGCACACAUGAAGACGCACAACAUCCCCUCAGACAGCAGGUCAUUGGCCUGUUUCCAUGAGGGCUGUUCCUUUCAAACCUUUCUGCGUAAAGAGCUUAUAAUACACGCCGCUGAAAUGCACGGGGUCAAAGCAGUGGAGUGUCGUCACCACGCUUGUGCUGCCAUCUUUCAAAGCGAGGCCCACAUGGAGGCUCAUCAUCAGAAACAUCUGGCCUAUCACUGCACAGAGUGUGAGUUCUCAUGUUCCAAUAAAACAGUCUUCCUUCGGCACCAGCGGGACGGUCACCCAGGAAAGGAAGAGCUUUGCUGCAGCUUUUGCUCAUUUGUGACCUUUAACCCUGUGGAGUUUGAGCAGCAUCUUGGACAUUUACACGCCAACGAGAAGAUCCACCACUGCUCUCAGUGCAGCUACUCCACUUCGCAUAAACGGGGUUUGAAGCGGCACAUGCUGAUGCACAGCGGCGAGAAGCCACACAAGUGUACUUUGUGUGACUUCAGGUGUCGAGACGAGUCUUACCUCUCCAAGCAUAUGCUCACCCACUCAGAUGACAAGAACUUUAUGUGCUCUGAAUGUGGAUACGUCACCAAAUGGAAGCACUACCUCACGGUCCACAUGAGGAAACACGCUGGAGAUCUCAGGUACUCAUGUGAUCAAUGCCAGUAUCGUUGUCAUCGGCCGGACCAGCUCACCAGCCACAAAUUACGACAUCAGGCUAAAUCCCUCAUGUGUGAGGUCUGUGCCUAUACCUGCAAGCGCAAAUCUGAGCUUCGCAAUCACAUGUUAGCCAAACAUUCUGUUGGGGAGAAGCACCUGGCAGUGCACAAGUGCAAAUACUGUGCAUACUCCACGCUCCACCGACAGGCACUCCAAAACCACGAGAACUGCAAGCACACCAAGCUGAAAGAGUUUCACUGUGCCCUCUGUGUGUAUUCAUCUUUCAGCAGCAUCAGCCUCUUCCUUCAUAAAAAGAAAGCCCAUGACUACGUUCCUGGUGACAAAAAAUGGCUGGAAAACUAUGCAGCCAAGGAAAAAGAGAGGGCCGCAGCAGAGCUCCUGCAGGAUUUUUACAUGAAACCAACACUCGAUCCGGAUCAGUCUGAGGAGUCAAGUCUCAUGGAGCCUGCCUCAUCUGGUGCACCUGACAGACGGGAGUCUGCUGAACAUUAUCAGAGCUGGGAAAGUACUGCUACUCCUCUCCCUGUGGAUUCUGUCGUUGAUGUUGUCCCACAGGAAGAUAGUCAUCAGUAUGUGUCAGAUGGCCCACCUGAGCGCUACUGCACACUUGUGUUGAGCACUCUAACAAGCACCACAAGCUCUUCUUUAGAGGAAAACUGUGAGAGCACCCCCACUUUAUAUGAUAACAAAUCACAUGCACUGCAAGAAAAUGUCAACUUUUCCACACUUAUGAGUUCAUCAGAGGAAGACAGUGCAGCAGUGCAGACGGGAGCAUGUGAACAGAAGGAUUCAGAAGACUCCUGUGAACAUUUGAUCGACGCAAGUCCUCCUGUGAAGCAUACAGAGUGUCAGAUUUCGACACCUGAAGAGGAAAAUAGUACACUACAACAUAACAUGCAUCUGAAAGCAAUGAAGAAACACGACAUGGACCAAGCAGAAACCAUGGUUCCAGAGGGACACGUAAAAAUGCUUGUGGUCCAAUCAGAAACUACGUAUCAAUGUGAUAAAUGUUCAUAUGUGACGUGUAAAGAGAGAGCAUUUAGGCACCACCACCAAGCAUUGUGCCACAAAAAGAUGAAGGAGCACACGUGCCAGACCUGUGGGGUGCAGUUCAAGCAAAGACGGGGCCUCCAUAACCACCUGAGAAGGACAUGUCCAUCCCACUCCCGCAAAGCAUUUCUGCAAGAUUCAAAUCCAUGUCAGGCUGCAAAUGCGGUCUCUACUGAAGGUUAUGAGGAACCCAAAGGAAUUGAUGGUCAUCGAAGAUCAAAUGAGAUGCAGCAAAAGGAGAUUUUCAUCAAUUUAAAAUCCAACUCUGAAGCCCUCAUCUCCUCAGUACCACAGCAACAGAAAAUUACAAAUCAGGCAAAAAAAGGUUCCAACUUCGAGGUUUUGAAAAGAUCAACCAGCUUCUCACUCAGCAACAAAUUAAAAUACAGCAAAAGGAAUGUUUUUCUGCAGGAAAAAAACACUUACAUUAAAAAGAAGGGAGCAUUUAUUUGCAGGUUGUGCAGGUUUACAUCUGGUACGUUACAGACAGUUAGGCAGCACAUGUUAACUCACAGAGAAACGUACAAAAAAAUAGAAAAUCAAACUAGCGCAGAAAUGGUCAGUAAGUAUCUUUUGCCCAGACGCAGAAAAGGUCACGCAGAGAAGAAUAUGGAUGGCCCACAGAUGGGUCAAGUGUUUAGGUGUCCAAAUUGUGCCUUUAGGUGCUCUGAGAAAAAUCUGUUGGACAACCAUGAAGAAACAGGCUGCAUGAAGGCGGGUGAAGUACAGUGUACCGAGUGUUCGUUUGUUGCUGCAUCAAAAGUUUCUUUGACCCGUCACGUCCUGUACACUCACAAGAAAAAGGUGUUUUUUGAUGCUAAGUGGCAACGUUUACGUUGCCAGCACUGCGCCUUCAGUUGUAGGCAUAAAGGAAUCAUGGAACGACACAUUUUGUUAAAACAUAAAAGUGCUCGGCACACAACAACAAAGAAAGAUGAGUCUCUGCGCUCUGGGAUUAGACGCUACUGCUGCAACAUGUGUGACUUCAGCGCCCAAACACCCCACCGCCUAAGACGGCACAGCCACAGGUGUCACUCAGGGGAUUUACCACAUGUUUGCACUCACUGUGAUGCUCCAUUUAGUUCCGAUAUUGCUUUGAGAAACCACUGCCAACGUUCGCACUCCAUACAGGUCAGCUUUUCAUGCAAACAGUGCGACUUCACAUGUGCCCGUGAUGGCUUACUCAAAGCUCACCAGCAGAGCAAGCACCCCAGAGUAAAAUGCACCACCUGCCAGAAAUCCUUUGAGACAGAGAAAAGCCUGGAGAUUCAUCAGAGAGCCCACCAUGUGCACCAGUGCCAAUCGUGCCCCUUUUCUUCAAAAACAAAGCAACUGUUAGCCGACCACCUUCUGAGUAAACACGAGGAGGGGUCCCCUGAGAGCAAGCCUCUGAAGUGCAGCAUCUGUCCAUUUUGGUGCCGCCAUCACCUGGUGUUAGAGCAGCAUCUUCGCUCACAUGGCAGUAAGCGGAUGUAUAAAUGCACUGACUGCCAGUACUCGACUCGAAACAAGCAGAAGAUCACAUGGCACAUUCGCAUCCACACCGGAGAGAAGCCCUACAGCUGUGAGCAGUGCACGUACACCUGUGCUGAUCCAUCCAGGUUAAAGCUUCACAUGAGAGUCCAUCAAAAGGAGAAGAAGUAUCUUUGUCCUGACUGUGACUACAAGUGUAAGUGGGCAACCCAGCUGAAGUACCACAUGACCAAGCACACAGGAGAGAAGCCGUACGCCUGUGAUCAGUGCGAUUACCGCACCAACAGAGCAGAUGCGCUCCGAGCGCACCGCGACACCCAGCACUGCGACGCACGCUCUUAUGUCUGCGAGAAAUGCGGCAAAGCCUUCAAAACGAGUUUCAUAUUGAAGACCCACCAGCGGAAGCACAUCGCCGGCCGGCCGUACACGUGCGGAGUCUGCCAGAAGGCCUUCAGGUGGCCAGCGGGGCUCAGGCAUCACUACCUGUCUCACACCAAACAGCAGCCGUUCCGCUGCCGCCACUGCUCCUACAGAGCUAAGCAGAGAUUCCAGGUGGUGAAGCAUCUUCAGCGCCACCAUCCGGAGAUGCCAACAGAGCAAGGCGUGGUUAAGGACUCGGAAGCGGGUACCCUCACUUUGAAGGAGGCUUUGCAGGGGACUUUAGAUGAAAAAGCUGCUACUCCGGUCAUCGGGGAAGAGAAAACAGCAAUGAGAGAGGCACGUAAAAUAUAAAUCUGUUGGUCUUUUACUGCUUGACAUUACUUUUUGUGAAAAUAGGAAGCAAGAAGAACCAGACAGGUUUUAAUUUACUGAAUUUUAUAUAUUUUUGCAAAA